CAAACAAUUACAAUAAUAUAAAUUGCAUCACUUACAUUAAAUGAGAUUAUGGUAAGACUUUUCUGUAGGAAUUCUAUCUAUUAGGAGUAUGCAUACAUGGUAGGUUUCCUUAACCUGUGUUAAGUACUCAGUUAAGUAAUUUUAAACACAUGAUACGUUUGUACGAUUAUACUUAAGUUUCACCUAUAAAAAGUGAACAUCUUUGCAGUAUUGCUUUUUUAGCUAGAACAUUAUCUGUAAUAUAAAAAAGUAAAUGUCUUACAUAGGUUAAGUCUAAACUGUGAAACUUAAUAUUUUCUUGCAGCUGUUUUCUUCAUAUUCUGUAUUAGUAAACCAGGAUUACUGUAGUACUAAUAAAAUAUAACAAGGUUCAGGUCUAAUGCAAUGGUAAAUAAAUGUCAUUUGUAUUUGCAGGGAAGAUGGUACCACCGGAAGCAAGCAGUAAAGGAAUUGCAUGGUACAUUGAUACGACUGCUUAAUGAACUAUUACCAUGGGAACCAAAGCUAAUGAAAGCAUUUCAAAGAAACAGAUCUAGAUUGAAGAAGGACUAUGAUGACUUUAAAAGGCAUCCAGACCAUGAUAAAUUUAACAGAGAAUUGUGGAGUAAUGAUGAAAGUGAAGUUGAUUCUGGCAAAGAUUUAUUUGCAGUAGUAUGUGGUAAACCUUCAGAGUCUGCAGAACAUGUGGAAUUUUCCAAAAAAGAUAACCCCGACAAUGAUGAAAUGAAAUUAUUGGGGAUGAAUUUACCUGCAGGAAAAAACAGAAUUCUGAAAAAAGAAUCAACUUCCAAAGAAAUACAGAAGACACUGCCCAAAUGUAUUAAACGACAGUCCAAGCAAAACAGUUGUCUGGAUCAAAACACUAAUGAGCUUUCACCGAGGAAGAAAGCUAAACUGAGCACUAAUGAGGCUGUGGUCCAGAUUUCAGAAAGUAGCCUGCAGCCAGAUAGUUGUUUGGCUGAGCUGAAACAAUUUGAAGGGUCAACUCCAGAAUCAUUUUCCUUGACAGAUCCUACAACAUCAGUGUCAAACUUUCUGAAAGGGACCAAACCCAUCCAGGCAUUGCUUGCCAAGAAUACUGGGAACAAAGUGACCUUAACAAAUCAGCUGUCACCUCCUGCAGGCGUAAGUGUAUCUACUUCUGAAAAGACAGUUUCACCACCUUUGGAACCAUCACUGAUAAAACCAGCAUUGACCUGCCAAACUAGUUCGAAGACUCCUUUACAAAUGGGAUACAAAAUGCCGAAUGCCCAUUGUGUACCAGUAGAUCUCCAGAACAGCUCUGUGAAAAUUCAAAUGCAACCUGUGAUGGACCCUAAAACUGGAGAGAAAGUUAUGCAACAAGUCCUUAUUUUACCUAAGAAUUUUCUUAUUCAGCAGAAGGAGGGAAAAAUUGUGCCCAAGGACAUUCAGUCACUACAUCAAAAAUCAUCUGACCUGCACUGCACAACUUCAUCAGAAAUACCGAAUGUCAGUGUUUCUUUAACAUCUGUUCUGGUGACAAGCCCUGCAAAUGCUAGCACUCAGUCACCUAGUACAAUUUUUAACAAGGAUAUUACGCACUUGUCACAAACGACUGGUCCCCUAAACACUGCACAACCACUGGCUGCUGUAACUUCAGCAGGUAAUUUAUUAUUAUCAACAGUUAAGGUGAGUCAAACUGAAACCAACAAAAUCAAGGCUAUAGCUUCAGCUGCCACAUCCCCUGUGUCUUUGCCUUCACCUACUCUUUCAACAGCUAGCCAGUCUUUGCUAUCAGCAACAGCACUAAGUGGGUCUACAAACACUACUUCUGCCUGUCAUAGUCUUGCACCUCAGCAGACAACUGACUCCUUUGAAACUAGGCAAGAGCUGAAGACUGUGUGUAUAAGAGAAUCACAGUCUAUUCUGGUCACAACACGAGGUGGAAACACAGGAAUUGUUAAAGUGCGAACAAACCCAGACCAGAUUUCACCUAGUUUAUCUUCUAGUUCAGUUUUCACUUAUGCACCUCAACUUCAGGCUUUUCUUGUGCCAAAAACCACAGCAUUAUCGUGUUCUACUGUUCCAUCUGUAGCAACAGCCACGUCUGGUCUCCCACAUAUUGGACAAUCAUCUCUUUCUGGAUUUGAUCCCUCAACAGCUUCUUCUGUUAACAUUCCAGCUUUCCCAGCUGAUUUUACCCAGGCAACAGAGAAGAAUAUCAAAUUGACGUUACACCAGCCUGCUGUUGGAGGCACUUUGGGCCAAGUAAUAGGGAACUCUAGCUGUGUGUCCUCUCCUUCUUCGUCCUCCAUUUCAUUAGCCAGCAAUCUGAUGUCAACAACUCCAAACAGUCCUCCUAGUGUGACUAGCAUUGGACAGAAUAACACUGUUGUAACUCCAGAUUCUUUUGUGCUACAACAAGAGGAUACUAAAACUAAAACUGUUACACAGUUUGAGUCUAACUCAGCAACAGCUGGAGAUUUAAUCAGUGGUAUGCCAGUCCAGAAACUUACAUUACUCACAAAUCCACCCAUCUUCUCACCCUGUGGGGCAUCAGGAGUCAGUAUUAUACCCUCUCCAGCAUCUGCUGGUGUUAAUGCUCCAAAGUUUAUUUUCAUUAACACGCAAAUUGCUAAUGGCCCAUCAACCACCAAUCUAGUUGCUGAGUCAUUGAAACAUAAUCUUCCUUCGUCCCUAAACAAAACCUUUGUUAGUGCCACAGAGCAACCACAGCUGGUUCUGAUCCCAUCUACAAUAGGAACACCAAUAAGAAUAAAUUCAUCACCAAGUAUUGCUCAAGUAAAAGAUGUGAAAAUUGGACUAAAUAUAGGUCAAACCAUUGUAAAUACCAAAGGCAAUGCACAGCAGGCUCCACCAGUGAAUAUAUUGCACUCUGCCAUUUCUAAGGGAGAAGACAAAAAGAGCAUGGACUUGGCGCUGUCUUUGACAGGUAGUAGUACUUCGGUUCCUGUUCCAAGUUUUGUGAGUCGAAGCACUGUGUCAGUUACUGAAUCUGUAUGUGUUACAACAAAAGCUGAAAAUGCUCUUACAGUAACAGCAGCAAAUGCAUGUGUAGAAUCUGUUUCAGUAACAUCAAGUGGGGCUUCUUCUGGGACACGGCCCACUGUCUUGGUUGGUGGAAAUGAUCCCUUGAGAAUAAGGCCAGUUAUGGGUAGUCGGCUGUGUACAUCAAAUAUUGGAAAUACUGUGGGUAUAUCAACUGUGAAAACAGGACAUCUUGCUUCAUCUGUGCUGAUUUCAGCAACACAACCAGCAGUGUCUCCUCAAAACUUAGCAUCUGCUUUGCAAUUUCCAGUCAUUAGCUUGCCUGGAUCUAUAACCACGCCCCACAAAGUGUUAUGCACAGUUCCUCAGUUAGCAGCAGUUCCAGCUCCUCCUCCAGUACCAAAAAGCCAGUUACCCACACUGCUUCAGUUUCAGUCAUCAGGAGUUUCAGCUGCUAUGCCAAGUAACGCAGGUACUCAAAAACCUCAGAGCAUGUUGCCCCCUCCAUCACAAAAUACAGGGAAAGUCAUUAAUUUUCCCAGUUUUUCUUCCCUGCAGUGCCAGCAGGUGCCUCCCAGUACAGAGAAACAAAGUCAUGCUUACACUUGUGCUUCCACGAUUCAUAUGCCUGCAGCUUCACCAACUGUAACAAGCAAAGCAGGAAGUCAGUUGUAUGAACCUUGCAUUCAACAGAAAAUAGUCAUUAACACCUGUAUGCCUUUGGCACCUGGAACUCAAAUAAUGAUUAAUGGUACUCGUUUUGUUGUUCCACCGCAAGGCCUUGUAGCUGGCAGCCAUGUUCUUCUUCUCUCUUGUAAUACAAAACAGACUCCUCCGUUAACUAUCAACCAUGGUCAAGAGGCUCAAGAUGUACCAGUUGUUAAUCCAAUAACUUCGAAAAUGAUGCUAGUACCAAGUAAUUCAUUAAGUUGGCAGAUAUCAAAACAUCAUUUGAAAAACUCCACAAAAAUUGUGAGCUCCUUUGGGUCUGCAGAUGCAUUACCCAUCGUACAUGCAACACCCCAGAUACUUAGUACUCCAGCUAAUUCAUGUACUCCACUGUCUGCAGCAACACCAUCUAUGUCUUCCUUGAUAAAAUCUCCUGUCAAUGUAGUAGCUGCAUCUUCUGUGGUUUCUGCCAUUCAUUUGCCAAACUCUCAUUUAUCAAGCAAUACUUCGGUGCUUCACUUAGACACUUCUAUCAAAAAACUGUUGGUCAGUCCAGAGGGAGCAAUUUUGAAUGCUAUAAAUACUCCAGCAUCAAAAGUUUCUUCCAUGUCUUCAGCACUGCUUCCUGUUGUUGUAUCCACAAGCAGAAAUCCUACCACUGUCUUCCCUGCAUCUCAGUCAUCUUGCCUUGAUAAACCUGACAAAGCUGCAUCCUGAAUUUAUUGCAAAUGAGCCACUUUGAAAAUUUGGGGAUUCUUCUGACUUUGAAAGUUGUAACUAUUGAAUAAUUUCUUACGUUGUUUGAAACAGUUGAUUUACUAAAAAUUACUUGAGAUUACAGUUCUUUCCUGUUUACCUGUGGGGAUUAAGAAGAAAAGUUUUAGUUUGUUUGGAAUUUUCAGAGUUCUUUAGUAAAAAGGUCAAAAAUGAGUGACGAAUUCAUUAAACAUCUUAGUUUAGAGAAACCUAGCCUUUUGCACAUGUUCCAUCAUACAGUAUGGACUGUUUGCCAGUGUUUAUGACAGUUUAUGUCUCCUUUUUAUUUGUCAAAUUUAUUUUUUAUUUGUUCUGUAAAAAAUAUUUAUGCAUUGUAAAAAUGCAGUCUAUGGUAUAGAAUUGUACAUAUUCAUAAGUUCCUAACAAUCUGUACUAAACUAUAUGUACAAAGAACUCUGCUGUCUUAUUUAUGUUUUGUUUACAUAUGUAUAGUUUUUUAAGUAUUUUAGUAACUUUGGACCAGUGUACUGUUUAGCAACAAUGCAGAAGAAUCUGCAUAUAAUAAAUCAAGUUGCUGUA